ACCUGCUGAGCUUUUCAAGCCUCCGUUGUGUCUGUAAUGACGGUUAUAAAAUGACGGAUACAGGAUCCCCCAAAAUACAAUGUGAACUCUGCGCCAGAAAUAAUCAAGUUGUGUCAGUGGACAAGAGGCAUUGUCUGACGUGUACAGGGUGCAACUCAUGUCCAAAUGAAGAAAAUAUCCAAGUGGAAAACUUGGCCAAUGGCACAGCAAGCUGUCAAAAGUGUCCCGAAAGGACGGCACCAAAUGCUUUGGGAAACAUGUGCAUACGCUGCCAUGAAACUUUCAUGUUCGCGACGGGUAGCUGUACCUGUUCAUCUUCCAACUUGAAAGGAGGUCUCUGUUUUCAAAGCACUGAAUUGCCAUCUCAAACAGGAAGUUUGCCAGAUUCCAUUUGGUAUGAAACCCACCUUCAAGCAAGUUACCUGGCCUGCUUAACUUACAGUAACCAGACAGCCUGCCAGCUGCUCACUAACAUGGUGGUGUUGAGUGUGAACAUCUUAGUCGGUAGUGAGGCCUAUAUUCUAUACAAGGAGAUAAAGUCCAGUACCAACUUCCUCCCGAAACUCUUUUAUGUGGAUACGAAUAUAGCAGCAUCCCUAUGGCAAACUGCUCCUCGGGGACUCUCUUUCAAAAAGGAUUCACAGAUCGCCUUGAAAGUUGUAAAAUAUGAUGCUCGUGGGAAUUUUCUGGGCUGGGAAGAUGUCAGGGGAGGCACUUUACAGCUAUGCCCUGACACUCAGAUACUGCUGGAUGCUGCCUUCAAGUUUGGCUCUUCCUACAUUCAGUCUUGCAAGAUUCAGAUCUCAGAUCUUCUCAGUCGAUUCCCAGAGCCUGUCCUUUACGAGCUGUUUCUCCUGUUCAACGAUAGUCAAGGACAGCAGAAGGUCUGGCCCAUCCCUAUACGCAAUCUGAAUCUAGACAAGAACGAUAUACGAGAAUUUCGGAGAUUCUUUUUGGUAGAUGGCUUGACAGGAAGGAGGAGCAGUCUCAGUAACCCAACAGACUCUGUCACCUACGCGAAAGACAUUGUACUCAGGACCUACCUUCCUACUCAGAACCCCACCAGCGAACCGCCGUUUUUACUCACCGUGCAGUAUGCUCAAGUACAAGAUCUCCACGCAGAGGCGCAAGUGACAUUUGCUAUGCAUUAUGAAAUGAACUAUUUUGCACACAAGAGAGACACUGAUAUAGCCCUGGGUGUUCUUGGAUCUCUGGCUGUUUUCGUUGCCAUGCUGGAGACAAGCAGCUGGAGACGGAGGAGCGGACUAGAAUUUAUAGAUGUGGUGACCAUUGUGAAGUACUUUGCUUAUUUUGCCGGUGCGCUGUCUAACACCUUUUUCCUCGUCACGUUUGGGACAGGUGUUUACUGGCUCAUUGUCUACAAGGGUCAGCAGUCCACAGUUGAGGUAACACUUCCCCCUGCUGGUGGGAAGAUUGAAACUGACUUCAUCGUCUAUGUGGCUUGUGCCUUUGGGCUGAAGGCACUGGAGCUGAUUCACAUCUUGAUUGUUCAGGUCACUGCAUCGAUCUUCCUGAUAGACUGGGAGAAACCAAAGGGCAGACCACUACCAAAACCAGCAGCAAACAAUACCACUCCCUCCUCAGUCAGUAUCUGGAGAACUUACUUCAUCGCCAACGAGUGGAAUGAAAUUCAGACGAAGAGAAAGAUAAACCCAAUCCUGCAACUCUUUGCUGUUCUAUUGCUGUUGGAGGUCAUUGGCUUGAAGAACAUUGCCCGAAGAGAUCUGAAUUUGAAUCUACAUCCAGGACCUGAUGUUAAUCUGGCUCCCUGGAGCCCAAUUCUUCGAUAUGGAAUAGCAGUAUCCAUGUGGUUGGCAGUCGGUUUAGUCCAAGUGCUCUUCUGUGUUGGAUUCUGUGAACGAUUUGUUGAAGAUAAGAUUCAGCAGUUUGUAGACUUGUGCUCUGUGAGUAAUGUAUCAGUCUUGGUCUUACUGCACAGGUGUUAUGGCUACUACAUCCAUGGACGGUCUGUACAUGGACAAGCUGACAUUGGUAUGGAGUCGAUGUAUCUCAAUCUCAAGAAGGAAGAGGAUAACCUUUGUGCAAUGAGAGGUCUUGAGCCCAACAUGGAUGUCCAGACUUUUGAGGUGUUAAUUUCUAACAAGGUCAGACAACAAUAUGAUCGGAUACUAUCGCCGCUGAAUGAGGCAGCAAGAGGAAAUCGAAGCAUUCAUGAGGGUUCAGCCACCCUGCAGCAGAAUCUGAAAGCCUACUACACCAUGAAUAAGUUCCUUUCAUCCUUCCUUGAACAUGCCUACAAAGAUAUGGACUAUGUAGUCAAGGAAAAACUCUUUCUGGAGAGAAUUUUGGACUUUGAGUUUCAACGUUCAGACGAUCGGAGUUUCUUUUACAAUGAUGACCGGACCCUCUUCAGCAAUGUUCUUUAUUAUGGCCAUGAGUUGGUCCUGCUGUUGUUUGAUAUUCUGCUCUUCUCUGUCGUGGAUCUGGGCACCCAGGACUUUGUGCUGGCAACAAUCAUCACUUAUCUUGUACAGAAGAUUCUGGAAUCAGUAAGGAAAACAAUUUCAAGAAGGAACCUGGCUGCGAAGACACUAGUAGAUGAAAGAUUUCUUAUCUAGAGUGUCGUUACCUUAAUGUUACCUUGUGGAUAGAAACAUUUUAAUCCCAAUUGUACUCAAACGAGUGUGCAUUUAUUUGGAGACCAAUAAACUGAUGUAUCGGAUCCUAUGUUUAAUACCAAAGUUGCGUUUGAAUAAAAACCGAAAGAACUGUGGAUACUGUAAAUCAGAAACAAAAAUAGAAGUUGCUGGAAAAGCUCAGCAGGACUAGCAGUAUCUGUGAAGAGAAAUCAGAGUUAACGUUUUGGGUCUGGUGACCCUACGUCAGAACUGGGAAGUUCACUACCCUACCAGAGUGUUCAAAAAUGGCCUUGAUGUGGGAUGAGGCUGAUAAACUGGCAGCCUGGCUUUUGGAAAUUGUUAACCCAUCUGUCUCUCUCUCCAAUCCUGCCUCUGUUACCAUUUGAACAUUUUAUACCUGGUGUCAUAUCAGUCUGUUCAAGACCAACAUAUAAAACUGCAGCCUUGCUGGACAGGGGCUAGCUGUUCCCUAACAGUUCAAGACAACGCAGUGUCGCAAAUACAUAAUUGUCUCGAUGAGGAUGUCUCUGUGGCUUCAUGAAUUUUGUCAAUGUGACAGAUCACUCACAGGAAAUCCUUCUCAGCUGAGGCUGAAUCAGGAGGGAUCAUAGAAUCCCUACAGUGUGGAAGCAGGCCAUUCAGCCCAUUGAGUCCACACUGACCCUCCAAGGAGCAUCCCACCCAGACCCACCUCACUACCCUAUCCCUGUAACCCUGCAUAUCCCACAGCUGAUCCACCUAGCCUAUACAUCCCUUGACACUAUGGCUAAUCCACCUAACCUGCACAUCUUUGGACUAUGGGAGGAAACCGGAGCACCCGGAGGAAACCCCACACAGACAUGGGGAGACUAUGCAAACUCCACACACAUUCGACCAAGAGUGGAAUCUAACCCAGGUCCCUGGUGCUGUGAGGCAGUGGUACUAACCACUGAGCCACUGUGCUGCCUCAGAGGAAGCUCUGAGAAAAAACAAGGGCACCCCUGAGGGAGAUGAUGGUGUGAAAGUGGAAGUUGCUGUAACACCAGAGACUCACAUUUCAGAGCAAUGAGUGAUGGUGAGCUUAACUACUGGUGAUAUGGUGAUUGUGUUACUGUAAGAGUAUUUCAGAUUCCCAGGGAAGCACUCCAGGGACAUGGAUCCCACCAUAGCUGGUGAAAUUUAAAAUUCAAUUGUCUUUUAAAAGAAGGUGUCAGGAUUAUAAACCAAGCCCUCAGUAAUGGUGACCAUGAAACUAUGAUCAAUUGUAAAAACAUUUCUGGUUCAAUGCCCUUUAUGGAAAGAAUCUGCUGGCUUUGCCUGGUCUGGCCAACAAUGACAUAUUUGACUCUUUUACGGCCAUGAAAUACCACUCAGUUCAGGGGCAGUUAGAGAUGGACAACCAAUGUUGGUCUUGCCCACAACCCAUGAAAGAAUAAAAAAAGCACUGAACCUUUCUUGUUCUGGUAGUUGUUAUUUUUUCCCCAAAUGAUACUUUGAACAAUUUAAUGAAUAUAAACUAACAGUUGUAUGAUGAAAUUUUGCCUUGAACCUACAAUCAUCUUAUUGUAUUAUCAAAUAACACAUGACAAGGUUGCUAAAUGCUCUCUCAUUAGGAGCUUUCACUUGUAUCUAUUAUUGUGUGUACCCACUACUUCAAUCAACAAUUAGAUAUGAGUUACAGUAUUUGUCGAGUGAUAUAUUUUGAGAAAUGUUAUUACAGUUUUAUUUGUGUAUAUUUGCGUAUUUUACAAUUUUGUAUUUAUUGUCUAAUAAAGAUCUUUUUGUAAGCUUU